GAUUUUCCCGCCCCUCGGACUGAGCACUGCGAACGAAAAGAAUGGAUUCUCAUGAGGAUAGAACUGCACCGGAGGAGAGAAGCAUCACAACUGAUGCUUCUCCAUCUGCAGUUCAGCCAGCCUCCACAGAGCCCAUAUCAGCAGAGGCUCACAUGGGAGUCCAUCAGCUGUCCACUUCCAGGAUCCAGAUGGAGAUGUUGCCAUUGCGUGACUACAUUACGGAUCUUAGUAAAGAGGAAUGGGAUUCAUUUUCUGAUGCUAUGACCAACCCUGUGACAAAGGCACAUUUUCUUGAAGUGUGCUUGAUCGUAGCUAAACAUGUUACUUUGAGUGCACUUAAAGUCAUCAUGCCAAGCCUUGCCAGAAGGCUAGGAGAGGACCCAGAGUUUUUGAUGGCACCAGAUGAGAGCCAUGACUAUGUAAACGUCAUCGGCACUAGGCCAAAAAACCCAUCAAUAAUCUACAUUGAAGAUGAUCUGGAUAUCAUCAAACUUAAAAAGGGGGUCCUUACCAAGGUCAUCUCUAAAGCAGGUAGCAGGUCAUCUCUAAGAUCCUGUGAUGAGCCACUCAUGAGCUCACACAGUUCUUCUGGAAAGAGGUAUGUUGUGCCAAUGCCAAUGGCCUGGCAGAUUGACAGAGGUGGUGGCUGUAAGUUUGUGAAUGUAAUGUAUGUGCUUGCUUGUGCAUCUGGACUGUGUAAUGGGAUAUGUAAAUAAAACCUUUGAGCUUGUAGAGAAUGUUAUGGGCUAACUCCCAACUAUUGUAAUUUUCUGAAGGUCCAGCACCUCCCUGCAAACUACUUCAUUACCCCAGCAUGGAAUCACAAAGGACCAUAUCCUGCGCAAUGUCCAGAGGAAUCUUACCAAAUUGACUGAAGCUGGUUUAACUCCAGAUUCUGAAGAAUGGAUUGACGCCAUUGUGACAGAAGUCACACAAGCUAUAGACUCAACCUUUAACGAGACCAGCCCAGACUUGCAAAGCUCAUCAAGAUUUGCACUUUCACUUCAAAAGAUCAAGAGUAUUGAACUAAUGAAAAAUAUUUCUUUGAAGUUGAAAACAUAUAUGGCUCAACAACACAAGCCCUCAAAAAAACAGACUUCUUCCCUUGUCGAAGACAUUGAAAACAAUUCCAUUUUGGUUUCAACUACUGCAGAGGCAAUGACUACCAUCAUACAGGAAAUGGAAACAUGUUUGGAUGGAAAUGACAAAACCCAUCCUACUAAAAAACUACUUGCAACUAUGAAGAGGGCUGUUAAAAUGCUGGCUUGCCAAAGUGUUUCUUCUAAGGAUAUCCUUGCUCUUGGUACUCUUGGUACCAAUGACCUUGGUGAGCUCAACGUUUCUGAGAAAGAAAAGCUUGGCCAGAAUUCAGGUCAAGGUUCAAGCAUUGCAUUGGACAGGCUCUCAAGUGACCAAUUCCGCACAAAGGCAAAGAAGGCUAUCAGUGAUGUUCUCACUGAAAAGGUCAAAGUAGUGCAUUCCACGUCUUCAGCUGGACCUUGUUUUCCAUCUGGGUCUGUUCUUAAGAGUAACAUCAUUAUGGAAGACAAGGAUCUUUUCUCUAGCUGUUCUCCUCUUCCAGUUCACUCUGUUGGUUCUAUGAUCGUCGAUGCAUUUGUGGAGGAGAUUACAUCUAUAAUAGAAUCCACUGAAUGUGCAAGAGAAUCACUUACAAAUGAGGAAACAGCAAGUGACACCCAAUUCGGUGAGUCCUCUGUGGUACCAAUUACUUUUAAAAAUCAGACUGUUGAAGCGGCCAAAGGGCUUUACAACAAAGUCCAACGAAAGAUCGGGGUGUUUUUCAAGAACCCACUGAUUCUGUGGCGCAAAAGCAUGUCAAUCCCUGAUAUCGAAAAAAUAGAGGCCCUGCAGGUGACGGAUGCUUUUUCUGCUCAGAACCCUCAGUACUCUGGUGUUCAACCAACCAGUACUUGCAGCGAGCAGCUUCAGCCCCAUACCAGGCCAUUUCUCAGAAAGACACAUAGUGAUGGCACACAUAGUGGGUGGGUGGCUUUAGGUGAAUUUAAUUUGAAACAGACUCAGAUUGAUGAAUGCACGAAAGAAGCCUUGAAAGGGAUCCUUACCCCUUUCUGGUCUAAGGAGUCAGAGGAACCAUCUUUAUCCUUAAGCACAUCAGCUGACACGUUUGUGGAAAAUGUCAUUUUCCAACUGGAUGAUCUGAUCUCUUCAACCUCUUCAAUGACCUUAGAGAGCAGCAGUGACCAAUCCAACAAGAACUCGUUUGAGAAUGUCACAAGGACCUCUGAUUCAACAUCCAGAAAGUCUUCUUCCCUGGCAUGUCUUCAAAAAAUGUCUAGCGAAAGGUUUCAAACAAAUGCUCUUAGGGCUGUAAGCGAAGCCGUACUUAAAACAGUAAGAAGCCAUAAUGCUAGUGGCACACUGGAUCAACAUUAUUUGCCAGAAAGGGUUCAAGUGAGCUCCUUCUUUUUCCUUCCGGUGGAAAGAGAGGCUUCUGACACUGAAGCAUUUGAGCAAGACAGACCUAAUGUAGAUGUAGAUUCUGCUGCGUCAAUAAUGGCAGAUCAGUUUGUGACUGACCUGCAGAGUUGUGUUGAGUCUUUGCAUUCUAUGAAGGACAAGCCACAUAAGGGGAAUUUCUUCUCUACAGCUUCAAAACUGCAUCAACAUUUGCUGAACAAGAUGGAAGAGUUUUUUGGUCAAAUAUCCUUUAAGGGAAUCCACUCAUAUGAACAACUAGUGAAGGAACCUACAGACGGGCAAAGUUCCAUCAGUGAGGUUGAGCAUCCCCCUUCGGAGGAGCACAACAUCCACCCACUGGUCGAUCCCAAGGACACCACCAAAGAUAUUCUGAUCAAGGUUUUCACAUUAUAUAAAGAUGAGAUGAUGGGUGAAAAUGCAGAGUGUGAUAUAUCACCUGCUGUCUCAACUGAAGACCAAAAUAUAAUUCUGCAACUUGAAGCUUAUUUUGCUGAGUCACCUGUUCAAAAACUUGGCGAUGAGGAUUACACUGACGAAACAGUCCCAUCACCUACAAAGCUUAGCCAGAAACUCUCAGAGGAUGAGUUUCAAAGUAGAGCUGAAAAGCUUGUGAGUUUUUUAUUGCUCGCUGUCAGGACUUUAACAUACUCUCUAGAUUCACAGGCAGACCCACAAAUUUCUUCCCUGGAGGCACAGAAUGCUGCUUCUGAUUUAGUCAAACAAGUGAGUGAUGUGGUGCAGAAACUUUUGGAAGCCACAGCCUCAGAAACUCCAGAAAGCUCAUAUGAUAUGAAAGACUGCACUGAUAUGGAUAUACAACCUUCACAUAGCAUCUCUCAAACAUCUGAAGAUGCUAUUGAGACAAUUUGGUCCAACACUUGCAAAACAUUCCAAAGCUUCAAGAGAAAACUGAAAAAAAUAUUUUCCAAGUACCGCCACACACAACCCAAAUCUGAGGACGAAGACAAAGAAGCUAUUAACAAGGUGUUUGGUUUUAUUCUGGAGGAACUUGCACAGUCUGUUGAUUUAGAUGAGGACCACCAAAUGAUAAGAGGUAUAGUCAAUGCAAUGAUAGACAACAUUGGAGAGGAGGAUGUCCAGUUAAUGAAAGAACCACAAAGGGCUAAUUCCUCCUCAUCCACUGCUUCCAAAAGCAAACUUUCAACACUGAGCUCUGAGGUCUUACCUGGUGCAGUCCUCAGCCUUAGUGAGACACCUGCUGAAGCACCUCCUGUGCACCAUCUUUAUAUUGACAUGGAUGACAUGGCUGAAAAUGUGCCCUCUCCUAUGUCUCAUGAAUCAAUCGUCAACAUUGUAAACACCAUCUCUGCUGAGCUGGAUGUGCAGAAUGAGGAUUGUUCGAUCUCACUCACUCAGGAUCUUACCUCAGUGGGGGAAAGGCUGGAGAGAUUGCUGUGUGAGGAGAGACUGAGCUCACUCUCGCACAAUCUUGCUAACCUGAUUCACCAUCUUUGCUUUAAGGACCAAAAAGGAAUGGCUGCCACAAAGUCUGCUUCUGAUUCUCUACUUUUGAGCAUGGGACAGAGUGGCAAAUCCCCCCCAAAAAAAAUAUUGUCAGACAGAUUGUGCAGGUUUAUGCUGAGGAGACAGUGAAGCAUUUGUUCCUUCCUUGCUUCAACAUUCCAUCACCUUGGAAUAUGGAUGUGGAAGGAGUUUUCCAACAUGCUUCAUCCUCUGCAUCUUGCCCCAGUUUCCUACAUUCCUUAUCUGAAAUAGUACCCCAAGGUGCCUUGAGAUCUCCUUCACAAAUACUGCACAGCACAUUACAAGUUCUUACCACAGUCAUGACGAGGGAUGUCAUGAACAUGCUAGCCCCGACUCUGCAAACAACAGGGGAUUUAAAGGGGCAAACGGACCUGCAGCCGGUACCACAGCAUCUCUUUGGCAGACCUUGCUCAGGUGAUCCCACGCAGAUUUCAGUAAGCAAGGAUAUUGUAAUGGGUUCCCCUUAUCCUUCACUGAACCCAGUGGAUUCCACCUCAGAUGAUUACACCAGCCUGGUUACUGUAUUAGUCAUUCGACUACUUUCUAAGUUGAAUGAUCAAGAGUCACUUUCUGAUGAUAUGUUAGACAUAUGUAGAGUGCUAAUUAACAGGGUAAUUACAGAAAUUGAUGCUGCAUUGGGCAUAGCGAAAAGUAUGGCCUGUCUAUAUGACGUGACGUGCAUUAAAAAAGUAUUUAGAGCCGUUUACAAUGAUCUCAUGCAUGAGUUUGGCAGUAAAGACAUUCUCCUGAAUGCGAUGAUGUCAGAGGAUCCUUGUUUUGAGAAGUCUCUGGUCACAUCCCUAACACGUGAAUUCAUGCAAACCACUAUUUCGCCAAAUCUAAAGGAAGAGAAGACCAAGAAGCGGACACUUAGUUUCCUACCAAAACUAUCAAAAAUCAAGGCCUUUUUUCAUAUCAAGCCAUUUUAUUGCAUAAUGCUAAUUUAUCAGAAAUCAAAGUCAGGCAGUAGUAGAAAAGAGCAAUCCAUCAACGUGGAUCAGAAUCCGACAUCGGCUCAUGUUGAUCCAGCUGUCCUAUGUGCAGAGUGCUUACCUUGUGGUGCACCAGUUUCCUCCAGUGACAAGACUAUCACCAUCGCUUCAUCAGAGAAGAAAGCUCACAUGGGCUUUUUCUCCAGAAUCAUCUCUAGUUUAUCUAGAAAAUCCACAAAGAUACACCCAGAGGCACUUCAUUAAUAUUGUAAUAAACAUAUCUGCAUU